CUUGUGGAGCAUGCCGGUCUCUGUGAAGGGCCCCAAAGCGAAAGACACCUCUUGAGAGGCUCCUGAAGCUUUAGAAAGUGACCUCUGAACUAGAUGUUUUAUUUUUGUGGUUCUAGGAUCGAUUUUAAGUCUAGAAAAUUCCAACUGAAGCAGACAUCGUUUCAAACACAUUUGAGUUUCACGAAGAUGCGGUACCUCAAAAUUUGGAAAUGGCAUUGGGUCUGUCAACAUAAGACCCUUGAACAGAACCGAGCUUCAAAUUUGGGUCUUGUGGACUCAUGUUCAUACUUUUUAAUACAACCUUGUGGAAUGUGCGGAUGUAUAAUCACAAGUCAAUCGACUUAUUUUCUAUUCAUGCGUGUACGUGACCCAGGAGAAUAUUUAGCGGCAAUUGUUGUUUUCUUGUAUUGUUUUGUCCAGUGGUUAUCUUUUGGAAAAUUUGAAGAAUAUUUUGCUGAUAGACGACUGAGACAAGCCUCCUACUAAUAAUUCGUCAUUAUCUACCAAAAAAAAAUCAACAUAUAAAAUAGAAAUGAGCCGAAGAUCGGAAUACCGGUGGGCUCAAUAUAUGCGUCUCCACACGCAGUAGCCUGUGCCGAGGCUGCUACGCGCAUGUGAGUUUAAUGACUAGCCGAGAUAGUAUAUAUAUCCUCCGAC